AUGUUUAGUCGCAAGAGACCUAUAUACUUCUUUCUGCUCGAAAACACGGUUAUCGUGUUUCUGGAGAUGUUUGUGAACAGUAUCGGCAUGAUCUUUGCCGGACAGUAUCUGAAUGGCAUCUGCUACGGAUUCUACUUUGUCCUCGUGCCUAGCUACGCCGCCAAAGUAGUUCCUUACCAUCUGAGGAACAUUUCAAUCGGUUCCUCGAACAUGGCACUAAUUGGCGGAAAUCUCCUCGGUCAAGGAAUGACUGCGGGAACUCAGUCAAUAGAAACUGCGUGGGCUUAUCGAGCGCCUUUUGCCCUUCAAUGGUUCUGGGUCAUUGAAAUUGAUGAGAUCCUCGCCAUGCUGGAGAAGACCACCAGACUUGAAAAGGAAAAUGACAAGUCCUCGAGUUACCUGGAAUGCUUCAAAGGCAUGAAUCUUCGUCGGACAGAGAUUGCUGCCUUGCCUUAUGCGAUUCAGCAGGGGACCAGCGUUUUCUUCGGAAUGGUCACAUACUUUCUCACCUUAUCCGGUCUGAGAACCGAUCAUGCUUUUCUUAUGGGUGUGGACCUACUUUCAUCUGAGGUAGUUUCGGGCUUACAAUUGCUGUUCAUGCUGGUCGGAUUCCUGGACUUGGCACCAAACUACAACUCAAGACCCGGUAUAGGUUGGGCGCAAAGCGUUAUGAUCGUCAUAGCAUAUGGGGUCUACAUGGGUACGACAGGGCCUUCAUCCUGGGUCAUCAUGUCGGAGACUUCGACCACACGCCUGAGGACCAAGACUGUGGGUCUGGGUCAGGUACUCUGCGAUAUCCUAUAUGUUGUAGCAGCUAUCGGCUUACCACACGAGAUCAACCCCGAUGAAGCGAACUGGCGCGGUAAGACUGCUUGGUUGUAUGGGGGUUUCGCAUUCGUGGGCCUCGUGUGGGCAUAUUUCCGACUUCCGGAAACCAAGGGACGUACUUACAAGGAGUUGGAUAUUCUUUUCCAUCUAAAGGUGCCCAUGAACAAGUUCAAAACUCAGGAGGUGGAGGUUGCGAUAGGUUUGGCCCAGAAUGAGGUGGGGCCAACUGAUGUUGCAGAUAAGAUCGACAAGAGCGCAGCAGGGGACAGUGAGGAGAGAAGAGUGUAG